GGGAGAGAGCGCUUUACUCCGGAGACCAAGACCCGGGCAAUGGUGGGAGGAGGAAGCGAGAAGGGAAGCAGAUAGGGCAGAGACCCCGCUCGGGAAGAGACGGGGGUGGACUGGGGGGAGGGCAUAGGAUGGUCUCUAGCAGGGAGAGCUGGAAGUCACCAGCAAGGACAAGGCUCAAGUUGUAAAAAGUGGAAGGAGGGUCCUGAAGCGGGGAGAGGAUCCCUCGUGGGAAGCCGCCAUCAAAUCCAGCAACCACAAGGGGGAAAAGAGAGGGAGGGGUACGAAAAGGGAGUUAAAACUUUGUAGAGGCUUAGGAGUUGGGUGGUGAUGGUGGUCAGGUAACUCGGAAAACUAACCAGGAGGGGGACUGCAAGGUGGGGAGGGAAAGGACUGCAUCAUUCCUACAGGAGGGAGUUUCAUAAGAGGGCUUCUAACGGAAAGAGAUUGCUGUGUGCCAGUGGAAGAGAGGGCUAGGAGGAAAAACUGGGGGGGGGGGAGGUAAACAGUAGAAAAAGAAAGCAUCAUGGGAAGGGAGAGGGAAAUUAAAGGUGGGGGUGACUAUAGGGUAAGGAUGUCAGAGGGAAGAGAAGAAUCAAGGAAUGCUGGCUAAAAAGAGAAGCAGGGAAAGGGGAACAUCAUAAGGGAGGGGGGAAAUAAAGGAGAUGAGUAGUUACGGGGAGAAUCAGGGAGGGGGCGUCAGAGCAAAAGGAGAAUCAUUGAGGGGGCGUCUCAGCAGAGGGAAAAUCAGGGAGGGGGAUUACCAAGGAAGGGGUGUCUUAGCAAGGGGAGAAAUGGAAGAGAGUCAGGAAAGGGAAAACCGGGAGGGGGCGUCAGUGCUGGGAAGAAAAUCAGGGGAGGAGAAAAUCGGGUAGGGGGCGUCACUGGAGAAGGGGGAAGCAUGUCAGCAAGGAGCGAAUAAGGAAGGGGGAGUCACAGGGAGUCACAGCUGGCCGAAAUAAGUGAAGAAGUUAAUCAGGAAAGGGAAAACCGGGAGGGGGCUUCACAGCUGGGGGGGAAAUCAAGGACGGGCAUCAUGAAGGAGGGGCCGUGACAGUAAAGGGAGAAUCAGGGAGGGGGCAUCUCAACAGGGGUAAAACCUGGGAGGGAGAGAAUCGGGGAUGAGGAAAAUCGGGAAGGGGGGGUCAUGAGGGAGGGAUCGUCUCAGCAAGGGGAGAAUCAGGAAGGAGUCACAGCUGGGAGAAAUAGGAGAGAAUCGGGGAAAGGGGAAAUCCGGGGAGGGGGCGUCACAGAUAGGGGAAAAUCAUGGAGGGGCAUCACGGUGGAGGGGGCGUCACAGCAGAGGGAAAACCGGGGACCGGGCGUCAUUGGGGAGGGGAAGAAUGAGAGAUGGGGAAAAUCGGGGGAAGGGAAGAACUGGGAUGUCACAGCAGGGGAAGAAUCCAGAGGUGGGGAUGGAGAAGCGGCAGUCUGGGGGGAGAACGCGCUCUUUCUCCCUCCCACCCCCGAGGAGCCCUAAAGACGGGCAAGGAGGACGCGCUAACGGCGGGGUCGCGGGAAGAAUCCCGUCGACCCCCCGAGAGGCAGGUACCAGGCGGCAGGAGCUCCGAGCCAGCGCUCUCCUCUCUCGCAGACGUCCGGGAUUGGGAAGGGGCUGAGGGCAGGCUUGACGGUCCUGGAGGGCAUGGGCUUCCGCGUGGGCCAGGGCCUGGCCGAGAGGCUGCCCCGAGGGGCCCCGGCCUUCCGAGAGGAGCUGGACACCAUCAAGUUCCUCUGCAGGGACCUGUGGGGAGCCGUGUUCGGGAAGCAGACGGACAACCUCAGGACCAACCACCAGGGCACCUACAUCCUGCAGGACAACAACUUCUCCUUCCUGACCCAGAUGGCCUGGGGCCAGCAGUAUCUGGAGGAAGCCCCCAAGGCAAGUUCCAGGUGGUGAUCCAGAAGGCUUGAGGGCCCCAGGCCCCAGCACUGGCCCUUCUGCGAAGGCUGGCCCGGCCCAGGCCCUCCGGAGCGGGGGUCAGGGCCAGCGGGAGCA